GACCGAGUUGGCGUCACCACUCUCUACUUUCAAAUUCAUGACUUCGCGUUUCUUCUCGAGGUUCCAGGCUGAAAACUCGCACGUCCUCGACGGAGUCAUGACGACAUGUCCGUGAGGAAGAGCUGCCUGUCCCUCUCUGUCCGUCUGUCGGGGCUGUGUACGUCCGAGUUGCCGCAGAGCUGGACCUGAGGGGUCGGAGUCAUCGCCGCGUCCGUACGUUUGUCCCCCAGCGUCGGCCAACAUGGCUGAGGAUGACAGCGAGUGGAUUAUAGAGAGCAUCGUCGGCUACCUGGGGAGUCCCGAGUGGGUUAUCCCUGUCACGGACUUUAUGGAACACAAAUGUACAGUUUUCGACGACGAGGAUGAACACAAGCUCUCGUACACAGAAAUCCAUCAGCAGUAUAAGAAACUUGUGGAGAAACUGCUGGAGAAUUAUAUGCAGGAGGUUGGCAUCGACGAGCAGCAGUUCCUGGAUGCAUGCACCUCUCCCUUUGCCAAGUCUCAAUCUUUGCAGGACAUUUUCCAGCCGGUUCUGGCUACAGAUGACUUCCAGGUGUUUCGCUCGCUGAUGGUUCAGAAGAACAUGGAGCUGCAGCUCCAAGCCCUCAGAGUCAUUAAAGAAAAAAAUGGGGCCCUACCAGAGUGUCUGACCGAUGGGGUUGACGUGAUGACCGAACUAGAGCAGCAAGAGAUGAAAAUCCUGGAGGAAGUCCUCAAGAAGUCGAAGGAGGAGUACGAUGAAGAGAUGUCCAGGAAGCUGCUCCUAGAGAGGAAGACCGGCUCCACUUCCAGCAGAUCCUCGGAUAAACCAAACGCAGGCGAUGAGGAGGUCCGAGAGGCCACGCUGGCGUCCAGACAGAACAACUCUUCCAAACGCGCACCAGACUCUGGCAGUAGCAGCAUCCAGUCCAGAGCGCUGCCAGCCCUGCGAACUCCUACAAAAUCCAGCAAGUCUUCCAACGCCAACAGCUGUCAAACAGUGGAGCACAGCGACAGCAGGGACGCUGCGGCCGAGGUCUACCUGCAGGAGGCACACCGGGAAGCGGGUUUCUCCAAGCCAUACACCGAGCUGUUACCGUCAGAGCAGGAGCAGCUGCAGCAAAGGGCAGCGUAUCUGCGUCAGCAGCGAGACAAGCUGCACGCCCUGAAGAAAGAACAGCAGAAAAUCAGACAGACGCCCGCCCUGGAGGAGCCACCGGCCAGCCCUGCUCCCCCACCAACCGCCAACUCAGAGGCAGAGGGAGAGCCCCAGAUGAACGGGGCCAGCUCUCCUCCUCCUCCAUUGCAACACUCGACUAACUCCACCAACCAGAAGGACAUAUCUGCUGAGGAAAAGAAGAAGCUCCAGAAGAGAAAACAUCUGGCUGACAAGCUGAAGGAGGAAGUCAUCAAGAAAUAAUAACCGUCGAUGCGUACCCAAUAAGUUAUCCUGUCUCAUCUCUGUUCCUGGAACACACAGCAUGCUAAUUAACUUUAUACAAGACCUGAUUUUUUUUUUUUUUCAAAAGGAAAGUAGAAAAUUGACUAUUCUUUUUGCUGAAGUGAUGCAUCUGACUUUUUCACUAAGGAACUUUAUUACUAUUACUAUUAUUAAGCUAACUAAACAAGCCAAUUUUCUGCAGCAGCAUGCUGCUGAACGACGUACUUAGCUUUUGUCCAAAAUCACUCACUAGUAGGAAGUGUCAUUUUGUCAGUAAGUUUGAAUCCAGUUUCCAGAAACCUGAGAUAAUUUCUCCAAAAUUCACAACAUGCAUUGGGGAUAUUAGUUCACAAUUUGUAAAUAUCUCCAGAGCUGCAACGAUUAACUCAUGAUCAGUUGUUUUCCCACGAAAAUGCUCUUGAAAUCACAAUUGAAUAUUCCUGAUUUGAGGGGAAAAAAAGUAUUUAUUUAUACUGUAUAUUACUGCGACUGAUAAAAUACAUAAGAUAGUGGCUUAAAGAUAUUGCUCAAAUUGUUCUAACGUUAAGAGUUUUAGCUCAAAAAUGUUAUUUUAUAGCUGACUGGGAGUGAAUUAAGGCACCGCCAUGGGGGUGCAAAUGUGCAAAAAAAGGCGAUGAUAGAGCCAUAUGUAAGGUACAGAUGGCCAAAUGAAGUCACUGAGGUAAAACUAUAUAUUCAUAAAUAUUUCAGUACUUCAAAAAGUGAACCUCCUGUAGAAUAAUUACAGCGAUCCACGUAAAUUUGUUCUCAUUUUGAUGAUCACAGCUUAUGGAAACCCACUCGUUUCAUUAUAUUCAUUUUUAUAUGUACCUUCUGUGGUUCACCUGAAUUAGCUCAAAAAUCCUGUUUUGUAGCAGUGCUGGGGAGCUGAGGCGCAAACUUGGAAAAUGGAGAACAAAGCUUGUGUUGGUUACGUAAAGUGAAACAACCAUGCGAUGGUUGAUCAAAGCUGAUGGUGCUAGCUCGCGCAUGCUCGGCUUUUCACACCGUUUCCAUUAGGAAAGGGAAGCCUCCUCCGUUCACACGGAGUCAAGAGUUCAUGAGAUUAACACUAAUCACAUAUUCCCAAAGGGGCCAAGAAUGCGAUGUGGUUGCUUCACACGAAUGCAGUAUUCAUUCUCAAGGAAUCAGCAGUUUUUACUUUAAGCAUGUAUGAUGCACCGGUUUUGUGUUUGUACGUAUAUGUUAUACAUGCUGGUUUUAAUAAAUCACAUUUUGUAGAAACAA